AGAAAUAAUUUUAAAAAGAGGCUGUAAAUGACUACAUUUGGAGUUGCGGGUAUGACGUUGCGCACGGAUAUUUAUUAAUAUAUAUUACUUUUAUAAUAAGCAUUCUUCUUUGACUAUGGGCCGCAGCAGGGUGAUGACGUCACUGCAAACAACCAGCGUUAGCAGGUGGGCUACUUCCGGGUGGCAAAACCCUACCUGUGCUGAAAACUAUGACCAAAACCUGUUCUGUUUGGGGUUGCACCGCCAGAUACGCCAAAAACGGUUUGGGUUUUUUUCGAUUUCCUUCCAAAAAAUCCAAAUUGAUCCAGCGGAAUCUGUGGGUGACGAGGAUCAGGCGAGUGGAUGUCGUCACAGACUGGGAACCGAACGUCCAUCAUCGGGUUUGCGGAAGACAUUUUCUCGCAGGUUGCCCGAACCCGGACCCCGGCCACCCCGAUUUUGCUCCGUCGCUACACCUGCAGCCGGAACCAGCCGGGUCCAGUCCAAGCGCGUCCGCUAAGAAGAGAGCGACAGAUAAACGCGCUCGCUACCGACCGGACGGCAAACGGCGGGAUUGUGCGGCUCACAAACGGGAAGCCGUCGGGGGCGAGCGAGCGGGUAAUCGUUCCGCGGCGAGGAGAAGAUGCAAUUGUAGCGUCCCUCGGUGCUCCAGAAAUUCUCAGCCGUUUCCCUACUUGAGCUUUCGCUCGUUUCCAGAAGCUCCCGAAACACGGGGCAACCGGAAAGAGGCCAGCGGCAGGGACCGAGGGCCCGCUUUUCAAAUGGCGCGUGGCCCGACCUUGGCGUUCUGUCGCCGUUUUGCGCCGGGUGACGUGUACGCCUCAGCCGCGGACCGGGUGCGGAUCAGGCCGGGAGCCGUACCCUCCCGAGUCCCCUGGAACUCCUUCGGGAGAAGUUCGCCCAUAGGAGAGGCCUUCGAUGUCCGUCUCAACACCGCCGACGUUCCGUUGGCCCGCCCAGAGGAGGCGGGGCUUGCCAGUACAGUGGAACAAGACCACGCCUACGCCUACGCCCCCACUGCCGCGCUACCGAGGAAACAAAAGGCGACCGCCCAGAAAGAGGCGGCGUCACAGCCCCUCCAUGUCGGAGAGGAAGAGGAGGAGCCUGAGCCCGUGGGCGUCAAAGAGGGAGAGGAAGACUGCGGCGUCUCUCGGGAGGACAUCAUCGAGGUCCAAGUGAAGAGUGAAGACGAAGCUGAUUGGUCACAUCAAGUUGUUCUCAUGCGGCCAUAUUAAAUAGCGGAACCAAACCCAAAACAAUUUUAAAGCAAGAAUACAUUGGAUGUGCCAGCACUAGUUAACCACAAUACUCUGAUUAAUUGUUGUUGUUGUUGGGGGGGGGGGAAAAAAAAUCACUCAUUAAUUACUCCCUAAUCACUAGAAUUAGCAACAACAUUCUGAUUUAUAACAUCUGGACCAGCAAAUCUUUCAAAAUAUUUGUUUUUUUACACGCAUAAUAAACUGAUUACAAAACGAUGAAAUGUAAACAAGUAAUAAAACUUGUUUGUGGCAUUAUGUGUACAGCACGUGGAAAACAUGCCAUGUUGACCUAAUGACAAACGUGCACCAUUUAGUCAAUAUCGCUUCAAAUGACAAUACAUAAGUAAAUGUUCUACAAAAAAAAAAAAUGUAAAUGAUGAGGAUGAAACUGUUCACAAAUCAGUAGUCUUUUUAUAUGUUGAAAAGUGUAAGUAUGAAUCUAACCG